GCCUCACAGAUCGUGCGUGAGUCUGAGGACUUCCUGGUCGGUUAUUGUUGCUUUUCAGAGAAUUAGAAAACUCAGUUUGUCAGACUUCUCUCCGCUAACCCGAUACGUAAUUUAGUCAUCGGGUUUCAACGUUAUUUCGCAGUGGCAAACAGAGAGGGGAUCUAUUCACGUUAACAAUACUCACCGUAAAAGCUGGUACGCUAACGGUAACGUAGGGCUCUGUAUCGCUUUAGCCAUGUCCGCUUCGGCUGGAUCCUCCCCAACGGGUCAUAGCUCGGGCCUCGGCCCCGGGAUGUCCAUGUUUCGCUGGCUAGAAGUGCUGGAGAAAGAGUUUGACAAGGCCUUCGUGGAUGUGGAUCUUCUGCUCGGAGAAAUAGACCCAGAUCAAGUCGAUAUUACGUACGAGGGUCGGCAGAAGAUGACCAGCCUGAGCUCCUGUUUUGCUCAGCUCUGUCACAAAACCCAGACGGUUUUCCAACUGAACCAUAAACUAGAGGCUCAGCUGGUGGAUCUCCGUUCUGAGCUGACUGAGGCUAAGGCUGAGCGAAAAGUGAUAGAAAGGGAGGUCCAUGACCAGCUCCUGCAGCUUCAUGCUCUCCAGUUGCAGCUUCAUACUAAGCAAGGUCAGGCUGAGGACUCUGAAUCCAUCAAAGACAGACUGCCUGCGUCAACUUUGGAAGAGAUGGAACAGGAGCUUGAGGUCAGCAAGAAGGACAAAUUAGCAGAGGCAAGGCUGGAAACAGAAGCGAGACUAUUUAAGAAAGAAAAUGAGGCUCUUCGCAGACACAUGGCAGUACUGCAGGCCGAAGUGUAUGGAGCCAGACUGGCUGCCAAAUACCUGGACAAGGAACUGGCUGGCAGGGUGCAGCAGAUCCAGUUACUGGGCCGUGACAUGAAAGGACCUGCACAUGACAAGCUGUGGAACCAACUGGAGGCAGAGAUUCACCUUCACCGCCAUAAGACUGUCAUCCGAGCAUGUAGGGGUCGUAAUGAUCCUAAGAAACCUCUGCCCUCUCCUGUUGGACAUGACCAAGACCUCUUGAAGAAAACCCAGGGAGUUGGCCCUAUAAGAAAAGUGGUGCUAGUCAAAGAUGAUCAUGAGGGUCUUGGAAUCUCCAUUACAGGUGGGAAGGAGCACGGUGUUCCCAUUCUUAUUUCAGAGAUCCAUCCAAGUCAGCCUGCAGACAGAUGUGGAGGCCUGCAUGUCGGGGAUGCCAUCCUUGCUGUCAACAGCAUCAAUUUGCGAGAUGCCAAACACAAGGAGGCUGUCACCAUUCUGUCCCAGCAGCGAGGACAGAUAGAGUUUGAGGUGGUGUAUGUGGCUCCAGAGGUGGACAGCGAUGAUGAGAAUGUGGAGUAUGAAGACGACAGUGGCCAUCGCUAUCGACUCUACCUAGAUGAACUGGAGGACAGCAGCACAGCGCCACCCAGCAACAGCUCGGCAUCACUGCAGGCUCUGGAAAAGAUGUCACUGAGCAAUGGACAAGAGAAUGGAGACACUGGGCUCUCCAUUGAGACAACUUCAAAUGAAACCCCUUCAAAGCCUCCUGAGACUGACUGCUCUUCCUAAAGACUCAGCCUAGCCGUUGGUAUUUGGAGAUAAAAUGAGGAUUUGUGGGGAAAAAAUCCCUCUCAAAGAACUGAACUAAAUAAUUCUAUGACUAGGGACAAGGGAAAAUGGACAGAGACAGUCUGUUUUCCCUUUUUCCUCUUGGUGUGUGGGUUGUGGGAUUUGGGGCUCUGGCCUGGGCAUGUGGCAAUGAUUUGGGUUAAAAGUUCACGUUUGAAGAAGCAGAGGUGUACAAUUUGUAGAGGAGGGACUGAUACUGAACAGUGUGUGACUUUUUCUUGAUAUAUUAAGAUAAUGAAAAUUGACAGGAUAGCUGUAUGGGAGAAAAUGGCAGAAGGAAAUAGAUGGCACCAAGAUGUCAUGAAGGAACACUGACAUCAUGAAAAAAGAGGUUAUUCAUUGUUGAAAAUGUCUUUCAGAGGCAGCUUUUGGAGAAAUGAUUGUGGAGUGUUUUGCUUUUGUUUGUAUAGUCAUUCUAUUAUUUGUUCUUGGCAACAUAUUCAAGACUAUAUUGUCCUGGAAAGCCAGGAAAAUAUCUCAGAAACAAAAUGACUAUUUUUUUUAUUUAAGAGAAGAAAUCUGUUAGCUGUAAGUGAUGAUUGUAGUUAGUAAGAGCAAGGCCAUUGAUGAUCAAAUUUAAAAACCCUGUGAAAUAAAUAUCAAACAGAAAAUGCUUGCCUUUUGUCACUAAUAACACAUUAAAAUCCUGAACUAGGUAAAUAGUUUGAGUUAUGUAAACAGGGUGUAAAUAUUUUACAACCACAUGCCAACAUACUAAUAAAAAAAUAGGAAUAGGGGGCACCAUUUCUUUGAAGAUGUCCAUAUUAAAUAGUAUAAAAGUGUCUUUUUUUCCCCUUUCUUCUUUGACUUAGAAAUUGGAAGGGAUAGCCCUUCAGAGCCAGUAUUUUGCAAAACAAUCAAACAAGCUGAAGGCAGGAAUUUCUUUUUCAUUCUCUAGAUAUUUUUUGUUAAAAAUGACUUUGCAAAUACCCUUCCAAGUCCCUGAAAACAUUGUAAUUGACCCAAAAACCCUGCCCUGGUAUUGUAUCCUGAUUAAAAUGAGGUUACUGUAGGAUAGAUGCUUCGCCAAUGAUUUUUAACCUUGUUCCAUCACAAGCAUACUUUGGCAUGGCACCGUAUGUUACAGGGGUGGGUACAAUAACACUUGUAUGAUAUAAUUGAAUGCAAUCAUUCUUAAUAAUGGGGUCUUUCUUAACUCUGUGUUGCUGUAUUUUGUUAUUGUUAUUUUAUUGUCAUUACAUUCUAUUGUUGCAUAUUGUAUUUUGUCACAUCUCACAGUAUAAUGCAGUGAAAUACACAAACUUGUAUACUCUUAUCUUGAUGGAGUGUUCAACCCCUCUCUCACAUGGGUAGCAAUGUACUGUUUGGUGUAAAGAUAUUGAGUUUAACACAUGAUUGUGCCCAGUCCUAUGUGCUGUCGCCACUGUUACCUGCCAGUCUUCCAGCUCAAAGGCACAUAAGUGAGUGGAACUCUUAGUACACCAUGACUCUGUUCCCUUAUAGCAUUCAUAUGUCAGUUUCUUUGUUAUUCUGUUUCCUUGGUUUGUCUCUCUAAACUCUUCAUACAUAUGAUUUUGAAUCUUUAUAGGUAAUGUACUCAAGUCACAAUUUAUUUAGCCGUUAAAUAAAGUUUGGUUCCAAUUUGGUUUAUUUGGAAUA